AUGAUGGGAAUAACAAAGCAGAAAUUGGGAAAUGAGCACGAAAUGUCAAUAUAUGAAUUGUUUCAUUAUUCGUUAUUUCCGGGUCUUUUCAUUGCAUUCACUUACAACAAGAAACAACCACCAGCGUUUGGUGCAGCACCCGCAUUUUUGUGUAUUCUUCUUUCUUUCCUUGGUCUUUUGUUCUGUCAUAUUCCUAAUAACUUAUCCAAUUACAACGUAUUAACCGCUAAUGCACCUUUCUUUUAUCAAAUCUCAGGGACAUGGUCUAAUCAUGAAGGUAGUAUUUUAUUAUGGUGUCGGAUCCCAAGUUUUUAUGGAUUCCUUCUUUGUUACCGGGGUCGAUCCCAAAGCCAUAAUGUCUCAAAACGAGGAGGCCAUAGAGAAAGUCUUCUUUUUUCCUUUGUCUUAAACUUCGUGAAGAACUCCAUUCUAUCUCUUCCUCGUUACGAAAAAAAAAGUAGAGUUCUUCACGAACCCCAGUUGUACACUCUCUUCGUUCUACGAACUCUUGUUGAUUCAGAACUUUGUUCGCGAAGGAACCGGACUUUUGACGGGCCAGUUCUUUUUUACGCGCCGCUUUACCCUGAAAGGAAAAUGAGCUUUGCUCUUCUGGGCGCUAGGCGCUCUCGUGGUUCGCGGGAAGGAAAAAGGACUCAUCCUUUGUUGCAUCUGGCACGAGAUGAUAAAGAGAGAGCUUCGUCUAUCGAUGAACAGCGGAUUGACGGAGCUCUUGGCAUUGCUUUCUUUUUCUUUCCUUUCCUAUCAGCGAGUUCCGAUCCUUUUGUUCGAAAUUUCUUCGUUCGUACCGAACCGCUUGCAGAAUCAAAUCCUGUUCCACAAGAUCCUAUAUCAGCUAUACAUCCUCCUUGCAUUUAUGCCGGAGACGUCGCCAGUGCUAUGGGCUUUGCCUUAUGUAGAUCAAAAAUGAUGAAUGGGAUUGUGGCACUCCACUCGCCGCCAAUGCGGAAGGAUGUCGCCGAAAAGAAUGGAACGCUGCUUUGCUCUGCUGGAUGCGUCGGAUCCCGUAUAACAAGCGAGCUCUUUACCCUUAAAUUCAAAGAUGUGGGCGCCAAAUGCUAUCCUGCUCUAUUGUUGCGUAGCAAAAGAAGCCUGCUCAUGCUGCUUCGGCGGCGCUUUUUCGCCUUCUCUUCGCUCUGGACAAGAGCGCUAGUGGACACGGGGAGGGAGCGGGCGAAGCGUUUCUUUCGUAAUGGAAAGACAAAGACCACUACUUUGCCUCUUUGUUGGACCGCCGGCGCGAACACAGUGGUCUCUGACCAGGACCAGGAACCAAUUCGAAUUUGGAUCUUGACAUGUCGGUGCUUUUUAACCGUAGGCAUCUUGCCAGGAAGUUGGUGGGCUCAUCAUGAAUUAGGUCGGGGUGGCUGGUGGUUUCGGGAUCCCGUAGAAAAUGCUUCUUUUAUGCCUCGGGUAUUAGCCACAGCUCGUAUUCAUUCAGUCAUUUUACCCCUUCUUCAUUCUUGGACUUUGCUUCUUAAUAUUGUGACUUUUCUAUGCUGUGUCUUAGGAACCUUUUCAAUACGGUCCGGAUUGCUAGCUCCCGUUCAUAGUUUUGCUACAGAUGAUACACGAGGAAUCUUUUUAUGGCGGUUCUUCCUUCUAAUGACCGGCAUAUCUAUGAUUCUUUUCUCUCAGAUGAAGCAGCAGGCAUCGGUCCGUAGAACCUAUAAAAAAGAGAUGGUUGUAGCGCGAAGUACUCUUGUGCACUUACGUCACUUGGCUCGCGCGCAACCUCGCCCCCUUAUGUUAUGGAAGAAUUGA